ACUGUAACCAAAAGAGAAACAGGUUACUAACAAUGCUGACAUUUAUAAAGCAAACAAAAGCAGAUGUAUUCAGCAAGUCUCGCUGUUGCAUUUGCAUACAAAAUUUCCUCAAACUCUAACAUGUGUGACAAGAAAAAUGCAGGAAUGGUUUUCAAGGUUCUUUAGAAUUAAAGAUCCAUUUAAUUCUAAUUCAAAGCAUCCAUCAGGAUGCUUUGAAUACUUUGCUUUGCUUUGAAUACUGCACUCUCAGUUCCUUUACUGAACAGAAAAAACUGGAAAUGCAUUUGUACAAUAAAGCUUUAACAGAAAUAAAUACAAAAAAUUUAAUAAUAAUUUAAAUCAGCAACACAAAACCAGUUAUUACCAUGAAGAAACAAAACAUAACGUAACAGAAUUACAACAUAAAUGUAACCAAGCCAUCAUAAAGUUACUUUGUGAAAUAAGUAUGUACAUUACAGAAAAAGCAACAUUUACAAAAGCCUACAAGAGAAACUAGACUGCAUGGGUAUUAUUUACAUGCUUUAAUAAAUUAAUACGUUAUAUUAUUUGCAGCAGAAUAAUUCAUCAUCAGCUCGGCUAUUUCACAACAGUCAUGUGACUCAUUUUUACUACAUCUGGGAAAUUCCUCUAACGCAAUCUACAUGCUAGCAGAGCCCUGCACACGGGCACAAAACUGUAUAAAAGCAGAAUGGGUCUCCCUGUUCAGACAUCAGCACUCCUCUGACAGGAGAGAUCACAGCUCCACAAAACCUCAGCUCAGAAGACAAGCCAAACACUCCUAACCAUGAACGGCAAGCUUGGAGCAGUCCUGGCUCUCCUCCUGGUUUCAGCAGCUCUGUCGCAAGGUAGGACCCUGGUAAAGAUGGGGAACGAGCUCCGGUGCCAGUGCAUUAGCACUCAUUCUAAGUUCAUCCACCCUAAAUCCAUUCAAGAUGUGAAGCUGACGCCGAGCGGCCCCCACUGCAAGAACGUUGAAAUCAUAGCUACUCUAAAGGACAGAAGAGAAGUGUGCUUGGACCCCACUGCUCCCUGGGUACAGCUGAUCGUAAAGGCACUUAUGGCCAAGGCUCAGCUCAAUUCUGAUGCACCACUGUGAGAAAAUUCCAGACAGGAAAAAGCCUCAGAACCGCUCCUGAUUUCCACUGGGAGAAACAUCCAGAGAAAGCAUCAUGCAGCAUUCCAUCUUCCACAUCAGUGUCUCAUGUUAAUUGUAGAUCCUUGUAUCUAUUUAUUUAUUUAUUUAACUGCAUCUAUUUAAGGAAAUCUUUCAUAUUGGUCAGUGCUGUGGGACUUGCUGUCCAUAGAACAGGAAAAGUGGCUUGCUAGGGGAAAUGAAGCUCCCUUGGAAGCCACUUCAGUCAGACACAAUCAGUUGAGUGCAAUGCACUUACAGCACAGCUUGUUUGUACUAAGACCUACUGUUCUGCUAUUACAGCAGCAAACUGGUAAUUCCUCCUGCUCCCCUGGAGUGCUCUAGUAUGUUGUGUCAACAACAGUUUCCUAGUCACAGUCAGCUCACACCAACUGCAGACUGUGAUUUAAAACUUCAGAAAUCUCACCUGCAGAAUCUGCAAGACUGUGGGUUUGGUAUUUAUUAUGAUUUCCAUGGUAUUUAUAGAUAUAUUUAUUCACUAGUUUCUAUACAAGAUAGAGAUUACAACUUUUGUAAUUUCUACGGGAUUUGCUAUUCUUAAUGAUGAAUACUCAAGAAACAUUCACACACCCAUUACUCUGCAUAAGGACUUGGUUCUAAGUCUAAUUCAUGAGUUAUUCAGCUAAUGGAAAAAAAUUGCACCAUGCAUACAC